UUCCUGCCUGUCAGAUGUAGGCCCCAUUUUGUGCACUCAAGCUUCAAGCUGUUGCAAAAAGGUUUCAUAUGUUCUGUUGUCAUUCAAAUUCUUUAUCCACAUAUGCAUGUCUUGCACUACAAAAAACCUAAACUAAAAACUCAAUCUAUAUUAAGUGUCCUCUUUUAAAACCCUUUUAGGUCAGUCAGCAAUGGCUGCAGCAGAAAUUCCCAGUUACAUUGUCUCUUCUCAGACUGAGAAACACAGGAGGGCCAGAAACUGGACUGAUGCAGAAAUGAGAGGUUUAAUGCUGGUUUGGGAAGAAUUUUUUGAUGAGCUGAAACAAACUAAAAGGAAUGCCAAAGUUUAUGAGAAAAUGGCUAACAAACUCUUUGAAAUGACUGGAGAAAUUCGCCACGGAGAGGAAAUAAAGAUAAAAAUUACAAAUAUGACAUUCCAGUACAGGAAAUUAAAAUGCAUGACUGACAGUGAAACUGUGGCACCUGACUGGCCUUACUACAAAACCAUUGAUAGGAUCUUAUCCAAAGUGACAGACCACAGCGAUGUGAAAAUGCAUGAAAAUCAGCAACCAGGUCCUUCUACAUCACAGACAGAGGCCUCACAGUCUCCAUCAGCUAAGUCUACACCUCUGUAUUUGCCAUAUAACCAGUUUACAUAUGAAGGAAGGGAAGAAUGCUUUGAAGAUGAACAUUCAGAGAGCUCAUCAAGCUUACUUUCCUACAAGCUGAGAGCUGAAGAAAGACCAGUUAAGAAAAGAAAAAUGCAAAACUGCAGUUUCCAAAAGAAGAAGCUAAAAUUAAUGGAAGCCAUGUUGGAAGAACAAAAGAAGUUGAGUAGAGCUAUGGAAGAAACCUGUAGAGAAGUGCGCAGGAUUCUGGAUCAGCAGAACAUCAUUCAAGUUCAAAGCUUACAAUUACAGGAGAGAAUGAUGAAUCUACUGGAGAAAAUGAUCUCCAAGUCUAAUGUGUAGGUUCCUUUGUGAAUGCCUCUGACAUUACUAUUGCUAUUAUAGAUAACCAUUUAUUGCACACCAUAUGUGUGUCUGUUGCCAUAUUCCCAGGUUUUCCAUGGAAAUCCAAACCCUAGUGUAAUCCUAGUUCAGCAAAGAAAACAGAUAAUGCAGGGCGAGAGCUAUCCAGUAUGAUAAAAUUAGUGCAAUAUAUGCCUAAGUUGAAUUAUUUUUAUACAGAAAGGUUAAGGGAUAAAUAGCUCGGGGAACUGAAGUACUAUUUAUGCCUACGUCAGGUAUUGUUUUGCAAACAGUGGUGUUGCAUUUGCUUCACAUCAAGGACUGCAGCUUAAUCUGUUUUAGGAGAAUGAAAUAGUGCAUUUCUAAACAUGGUUAUUGCACCUUGACUUUGCUGAUGAUUAAACCCUGUUUUGAAACAUCUGCCUGAUUGUAUAAGUGACCUAUGGUUCUUGUGAAGAGCUAGUUGGGACCAUGAGAUACAUAAUUUUAAACUCCAUGCCUGAUAUGAAUAGUACUCUAAAUUAUAAUGGUAAAACUAGUCUAUUCAAAUACAUCUUUUGAUAUAAAAAGAACCCCCCCCCCCCAACCACCUUACUAUAUACUGAAUACUAAAAUGUAUAGAAGAUACUUGAAGUUGCUUUUGAUAUUAAACGUCUAAUUUUUUUUCUUUAUUAACUGGAAUCUGUUGACUUAACAAACAACCAGCAAUGAAAACUUUCAUUUAUUCUCUAUCACAAAAGUAUUGUACUGUGUGUAUAUACAUAUAUAUAAUGUCUAUCAAAUGAAAUAAAGAAAAAGAAGAAACUUA